UUCCUUUUCUCUGUGUGUUUCAGAUCCUGGCGUGUGUGUUUGUGUUUGAGAUGCAGAAGAGCUUCUGUUGGGUGAUUCAACUCUUCAGCCUGGUGUGCACGGUCAAAGGAUACUAUGACCCAAAAGCAGUGAGUGAUAAGACGUGCAGCCUCCCGGUGGAGGAGGCGGGCGUCAUCUGGGACAGCAUUUGCUUCCUGUGCCUGCUGCUACAGAGGAGGGUCUUCCUCAGUUUCUACUUCCUGCAUGUGACCGCAGAGCUGCAGGCCUCUGCCAAACAGGCCUUCAGGGGGUUCGAGCUCUUCAGAGCCAGCAUCGUGAAGAACAUCAAGUUCCACCAACAGGUUGAGAGGAAGUCUCUGUCACAGCUCAAGAGAUCGAUGCAGAGGAUUCGCUCCAAGCAGCAGAAGUAUAAAGGUGGACACAAAACAAGUGAAGACUCUACUGAGAGUCACACUGCUGAGGCCAAGAGAGGCAAGAGGGGUUCCAGGAAGAAGUGGCACCAGCCGUGGAUGGACCAUGCUUCAGGUGAUGCAAACAUUAUCUAUCUUUGA